CCUCUCUACUUCUCUUAUCAGCCCUCAGUCAUAAAAACAAGGCUUGACUCGGAACAAACUCUCUGUAAAUAAGCUAUUCUGCUGUCCCCUGGUCCCCUGGUCCUGUGGUCCUGUGGUCCUGUGGUCCUGUGGUCCUGUUGUCCUCUGGUCCUGUUGUCCUCUGGUCCUCUGGUCCUGUUGUCCUCUGGUCUGGUCGUGCGGUGGUUCUGGUGUCACCUGGACUUCAGCAGGAGGUGGAAGAUGUCAAAGACCCAGGAGGCGAUGGAGCUCGGGCUGAAUGGAGGCUCCAAACACCAGGUUUCAGGUGCGGACCCCCGACAGCGCCGAGGCGCCACCGUCAGCUUCCACAACAUCGACUACAAGGUGGUGCAGGGAGGAAGCUGCCUGUGUCGGAAGAAGGGCACCACCAAGGACAUCCUCGUCAACCUCAAUGGGGCCAUGAAGCCGGGCCUGAACGCCAUCAUGGGCGCCACAGGAAGUGGGAAGUCAUCGUUCCUGGACGUUUUGGCGGCCAGGAAGGACCCCGCUGGUCUGUCGGGAGAAGUCCUGAUCGACGGAGCUCACCAGCCUCCCAACUUCAAGUGCCUGUCUGGAUACGUGGUGCAGGACGACGUGGUGAUGGGGACCCUGACGGUCAGAGAGAACUUCCGCUUCUCCGCCGCGCUGAGGCUCCCGGCCUCCGUCUCGCAGCGGGAGAAGGAGGCCAAGGUGGACAAACUCAUCCAGGAGCUGGGACUGGGCCGAGUGGCCAACUCCAAGGUGGGCACUCAGCUGAUUCGGGGCAUCUCCGGCGGCGAGAGGAAGAGGACCAACAUCGGCAUGGAGCUGAUCAUCGACCCGCCCGUCCUCUUCCUGGACGAACCCACCACGGGCCUCGACGCCAGCACCGCCAACUCCGUCCUGCUGCUGCUGAAGAGGAUGGCCAACAGCGGUCGCACCAUCAUCCUCUCCAUCCACCAGCCUCGGUACUCCAUCUACCGGCUGUUCGACAGCCUCACCCUGCUGGUCAACGGCAAACAGGUGUUCCACGGCCCGGCUCAGAGCGCACUGGAGUACUUCUCCAACAUUGGAUACACCUGUGAGCCCCACAACAACCCCGCCGACUUCUUCCUGGACAUCAUCAACGGAGACUCGACCGCCGUCGCCCUCAACAGCAUCGACAGAGAAGAUCUGGAUUCAGACACUCUGACCAAGUCCAGACGAGGGAUCGAGGAAAAGCUCGUCCAGGAAUACAAAGGCUCCGCCUUCUUCCAGCAGACCAAAGCCGAGCUGGACAGGAUCAUUCAGGGAAUGCAGGCGACCACCACCGCUCCCUCCAGAACCAUCACCUACAACACGGGCUUCCUGACCCAGUUCAGGUGGGUUCUCAAGAGGACCUUCCGCAACCUGAUGCUCAACCCUCAGACCUCCGUCGCGCAGGUGGCGGUGACGUUGUUCCUGGCUCUCGUGGUCGGCGCCAUUUUCUUUGACGUGAAGAACGAUCCGAGUGGAAUUCAGAACAGGGUCGGCGCGCUCUUCUUCAUCACCGUGAACCAGUGCUUCAGCUCGCUGUCGUCCGCCGAGCUCUUCAUCGCAGAGAGGAAGCUCUUCAUUCACGAGUACAUCAGCGGGUACUACAGGGUGUCGGUGUACUUCCUGUCCAAGAUCCUGUCUGACAUCAUCACGCUGAGGACCGUCCCCGCCAUCACCUUCAGCUGCGUGGCCUACUUCAUGAUCGGUCUGAAGCCGACCGCCGGCGCCUUCUUCACCUUCAUGUUCACCGUGACUCUGGUGGCCUACACCGCCACCGCCAUGGCGCUCGCCAUCUCAGCCGACCAGACGGUGGUCGCCAUCGCCAACAUCUUCAUGACCAUCGCCUGCGUCUUCAUGAUGAUCUUUGCAGGUCUGCUGGUGAAUCUUCCCUCCAUCGUCAGCUGGCUCUCCUGGCUGAAAUACUUGAGCAUCCCUCGAUACGGCCUCGGUGCUCUGCAGGUCAACGAGUUCACCGGACUCGACUUCUGUGGAGGAUACAACAGCAGCGGCGCUCCGCCUGGACUCAAGUGCACAGGGGAGGAGUUUCUGACGGAACAAGGUGUGGAUUUCACCACCUGGGGCUUCUGGCAGAACCACAUGGCUCUGGGCAUCAUGACCUUCUGCUUCCUCAGCAUCGCGUACCUCAAGCUGCGCUUCAUCAGGAAAUUCACCUAGACCUCCACCUGCCCUUCACCUGCCCU